GUCUGUGCUGGACCCUUUGGACUUGCACAAAAGCCCUGAAAGCCCUUGAUGGCGGGCAGCUUUCAAUCACGACGAGGGCGUCAUGUUUCAACCUUCCGGCGGUCGACCGCGCCCGUGGGCUCGAUCCCGUGCAUGACCCUGCCUGUCAAUGCAGCAAUGCAGCUCGGCACCCUUGCAGAUGAUGUGCGGUAAGCUUUUAGGACCGUUGAUGUUGCUUUUUUUAAGCAGAAGAACGAGUGGAAUACUUGAGCUGCCAGCCUGCCACGAGGGAGUCAGGGACCGUGAAUCGCGAAAUGCUUGUGCGCAGACUCACACAGUAAUUGAGUUUCUGGCCACGACCCUGGGACAAGCGUCAUGUGAUCUCGAGCAAGCAAAGCCUGAGCUUCGUUGGCUCUGCAUUCCUCCGAACCGUCUGACUGGCUGUCGGCCUGUCGGUGGCUGUGUGGCUGAUUCGUACAUUACCUGUAUACUUGUUACAGGGAGCACCAGGACGCGCGACGCGUGUGCCAAUGUGGCAGUAGCUACGUCAAUGCGCGGCACGGCGUGAAUGUGAUCAUCAGGGAGCGAGCAUAGUGGCAAAUUCUCGCGACCUGACCCCAGCACAAUGGACGGCCCUGACGCGUUCCCUACUCCGUACGUACGUAGUACAACCUCUGAGAUGGGUAUCCGUAGCUGCUUCUUCACUCCGGAGACGAUCGCGAGACAUUUGUGAGCUAUGAAAGCCAGCCUCGGCUC